CAAAAAUUUGUUUUAACAGACAAUUGUUAUAUUUUAAAGAAAUACAGCCCUUUCAAAUCCCACCGAAGUAUCCAUUCCUUUUAUACCUUUGGAUCAUUUGUGGUUAGAAAGCCUCUCCACGGCCUAUCCACAAACGAACUCUCCUGAUUCUUUUUUGCAGCAAUACAAGGCCAUAGAAAUCACGGAGGUAACCAUGGAUUGCAAACUUCACUUUGUCACCAUUCAAUGGACCCUUUUGACCAUGCAUUCUUUGCAAUUGUUAACCCAGAUCCUGUAACCAGUUCAGCUUAUGGUGGUCACAAUCACAACCAGAAUCUAAGGGAUGCUACACCCAUACACCCAGCACUUAGCGAUUUGCUUAUAUGUUUACAGGUUGCGCGCUUCCAAGCUGCAAAAUCAAAAGUAAGUUGAAAAUUAGGAAAAUUUUGUAGGGAAGAAAAAAAAAAUAAAAAG